UAAUAAAUUAAUGAUAAAAUACACGUGUCAAACGCUCAUAGGGUAAUACACAUGAAAAAUGAUAAACUGCCGCUACACCGGAAAGAUUCAUUAAGUACUGAAACAGACGGCGUUCUUAUCACUUAUCACAAACGAAUCGCCCUUCCCAAUAUCACGCACGAAAUUUCCCGGCACCGGAGCCGCCAUGGACGCCGCCGAAGCUCAACACCACCAUAUGCACGGUAUGGCACCACCGCCGGACUCCUCCACCGCAUCGCCGGAGAUGAUGCACCACAAGAUGAUGAUGCACAUGACCUUCUUUUGGGGAACCAACGCCGAGAUUCUGUUCCGUCGCUGGCCUGGCGAGCGCUCCGGCAUGUACGCCUUGGCUUUAAUCUUCAUCUUCGUGCUUGCUUUCAUCGUCGAGUGGCUUACUCAUUGCCGAUUGAUUAAGGAAGAUUCGAGCGGCGCCGCGGCAGGAUUAAUCCGGACUCUGAUGCAUACGGUUAGGGUUGGAUUAGCGUAUUUAGUGAUGCUUGCGGUGAUGUCGUUCAAUGUUGGAGUGUUUUUGGUUGCAAUCGGUGGACAUUGCGUCGGAUUCUUCUUGUUUGGGAGUAGAUUUUUCAAGAGAUCGGAAGCGGUUUCUGCUUAUGUCAAAUUAUAACCGGAAGAGGGGAAUUGAUAAAAUGGAAAUGCUUGGAUAUUCAGAUUCCGGGAUAAUUCGCUUGUAAUUUUCUUUUUUGCUUUUUCAUUUUUUCAUUUGGAUUAUUAAUUUUGUAAUUCUAAGGAAGAACCAAGAAGAUAUUAAUAAAACUUUUUUUUUUUUAAUGUAUCA